CUUUGCACCCGAAAUAUCCCUGCGAUCCUGUGUCACUUUCACUUUCUUCCAUGAGUCCGUCAUCGACGCCGCCCCAGAGCGACGGUGCGCCCGGUCGUCACCACCAGAAGCAGUCGCCCCGCGCCAAGGCGAUUCAGCUCGUGAGUUCGGCGGUCGCGCCGUUCCUCGCGAGUUUGUUUGAGAUUCUGUCCAAAGAAGAUGCCAGUGUCAUCGCGUGGUGCGACGACGGCAAGUCGUUUGGUGUGUACAACUACGACGCGAUGGAAAAGCACAUUUUGCCCACGUACUUUCGCCAUAACAAGUUUGCGUCGUUCCAGCGCCAGCUCAACUACUUUGGGUUUCGCAAACUGCACAAGACCAAGGAGUCGGAACACCACUCGAUCUACUGCCAGCCAUUCUUCCUUCGACACGAUCCCGCCCGCAUGCUUCAAAUCAAACGCAAAACACACCGCGUCAAGGCCAACACCCCCCGACGCGCCAUUCUCGGAUCCCUUCACGACUGCUUCUCGUACCCGUACGGGGGCUGCCAUCCGGCUUCACCACCUUCCUACAAGGCGCAGACACCGUGUGCCUGCCCGAACUCGCACGGCCAGGACGCGUUCUGCUACACCUCAACCCCAGCAUCAAACACCCCGUCGUCGUCACACCACACAUCAGCCCAAGUUACUUCGGCGGACACAUACGAUCCUCUCCCGUUUUACGCCCCGUCGACUAACGUGUUCAUGUCCGUCGAGUCUCCUUCGGUGUGCUCCUACCUCCAACCAGUGGAUUUGCACCACGACCCGACCCAGCCCGUCAUGCACACCGACGACGUGAACUUGUCCAACGUUGUCGUGUACGCAUCCCCUGGCGGUCACCAUCCCGUCGCGGCCGCCGCGCCAUUCCCCUACACGUUUCCGCGGGAUUUGACCAAAUUCACACAAAACAACUUGGAUUUCCUGUACGACGAUGCCUUGUCCAUAUAAAUGGCACGUGCCACCUUCCCCCACGCUAGCGUAAUAUUAUUAUGAACCGACUGCUAAGGUUUCGGUGCCCUCCG